CACAGAUUCUUCUCCGCCCCCGGUUUUCGUUUCGAGGAUAGACUAGUCCCCAGCCGGAAAACCAACAUUUUUUUUCCGGCGGCCUCCAAACAUGGCCUCCCCGGAAAACACCAAUUGGCUCUUCGAUUACGGGCUCAUUGACGAUACCCCUGUCCUGGAUGGGAACUUCGCUUGGCCAGUUCAGCCCAUCGCCGGUUCAUCCAGUGCCAGUGUUGAACUUGAUGGGUCAUUGGGGGAUGCAGAGGGACUUAAGGAAUCUGGCUCGAAAAAGAGGGUCAGAACUGAAUCAUGCAGUGGAACAAGCUCCAAGGCAUGCAGGGAGAAGUUGCGAAGGGAUAGGCUAAAUGACAAGUUUGUGGAAUUGGGCUCUAUUUUGGAGCCUGGAAGACCCCCCAAGACGGACAAGGCUGCUAUUUUGGUUGAUGCUGUACGAAUGGUGAAUCAAUUACGUGGUGAAGCCCAAAAGUUGAAGGACACAAAUUCAGGCCUCCAGGAGAAGAUCAAGGAAUUGAAGGCAGAGAAGAAUGAACUUCGCGAUGAGAAGCAGAGGCUGAAAUCGGAGAAAGAGAAGUUGGAACAGCAACUUAAAUCCAUGAAUAUUCAGCCCGGCUUUUUACCUCCCCCUCCUGCAAUUCCUGCUGCAUUUGCUGCUCAAGGCCAAGCUCGUGGAAACAAGAUGGUGCCUUUCAUUGGCUACCCUGGGGUCGCCAUGUGGCAGUUCAUGCCACCUGCCGCGGUGGAUACUUCGCAGGAUCAUGUACUCCGCCCACCGGUUGCUUAAGUUAGUAACAUCUAAAAUUGGUUGGGGUGAUUUGGGAUAACAUUGUCCCAAACUAGUGUAUUAUCAUGUCAUUGGUCGUGUAUUUUUGUUUAACUGUCUACUAACCGACUUUGGUGGGUGACUUGACUGUAUUUGCAAACCAAACCUGGCUACUUUUUAUGUAUUAAUAUGCUGGUAAUAUUUACGUGUAAAUCGUAUGAACUAAUAAGUUAUUCUGGCAACUUCU